CACACGUACCCACACGCGAGGGGCGAAGGACUGCCAGGGUGGGGAGGGAGGCUUGGCACUAUGGGUUAAAACCCUCCAAACCGUCCCCUCAGAAACUCCGCGGGUGGGCCGGCGUCGUCCCCACCCCCUCCGCCCCCGCCAUGUCCGGAGACAAGCUCCUGUCGCAGCUGGGCUACAAGCUGGGCAAGACCAUCGGGGAGGGCAGCUACUCCAAGGUCAAGGUGGCCACUUCCCGGAAGUACAAGGGGGUGGUGGCCAUCAAGAUGGUGGACCGGCGGCGGGCCCCGCCGGACUUCGUGGCCAAGUUCCUGCCGCGGGAGCUGUCCAUCCUGCGGGGGGUCCGCCACCCGCACAUCGUCCACGUGUUCGAGUUCAUCGAGGUGUGCGACGGCCAGCUCUACAUCGUCAUGGAGGCCGGGGGCGCCGACCUGCUCCGCGUGGUCCAGCGGUCGGGGCCCCUGGCCUGCGGCCGGGCCCGGGACCUGUUCGCCCAGAUGGCGGGCGCCGUCCGUUACCUGCACGACCGCCACUUGGUCCACCGCGACCUCAAGUGCGAGAACGUGCUGCUCAGCCCCGACGAGCGGCGGGUCAAGCUGACCGACUUCGGCUUCGGCCGCCAGGCCCGCGGCUUCCCGGAUCUGAGCACCACCUACUGCGGCUCGGCGGCCUACGCGGCGCCCGAGGUGCUGCUGGGCAUCCCCUACGACCCCAAGAAGUACGACGUGUGGAGCCUGGGCGUCGUGCUGUACGUCAUGGUCACCGGCUGCAUGCCCUUCGACGACGCCGACUUGGCCCGCCUGCCCCGCCGGCAGCGGCGGGGCGUCGUUUACCCCCAGGGCCUGGAGCCCGUCGAGCCGUGCCGGGCCCUCAUCGCCCACCUGCUCCAGUUCUGCCCCGCCGACCGGCCCUCGGCCGGACAGCUGGCACGCCAUGCCUGGCUGCGCGGGGACUCCUGAGGCCGAGGCCUAGGGGUCACGGAGGUCACCGGUGAGAGCCCCGGCCCCCCAAUCCCACCUCCGCCACCGCCUCCAUCGCCACGGCCUCCCCUCCCGCUCCUCUCACCUCAAGGGCCCGGGAGAGGAGCCGGAGGGAAAAUCCCGGGGGGAUGCUCCACCCCGGCCACCCCAGCCGCCCCUCUUCCCCACCCCGCUCACCCAAGGACACAGACCGGACACCGCGUCUCUCCCCGAAGCUGCGCCCUACAAUAAAACCGCUUUCUUCCCUC